AUGUUUUCUCUACAUAAGUUACCCUACUAUUUUUGCGAUGAAGAAGAAAGAACAUUUUAUGACGAUUUAGAGACCAUAGAAAUCGACAUUCAACAUUGUUGUAUUGAUUUGUUGAGAUUUUUAAAAAUUGAGACAAAAUCAAAUAUUAUGAAUGACAAUAUUGAUUUAAACUAUGACGAAUACUCGAUGAUUGAGAAGGUCACAGGUAGUUCGAUGAAAGUCACGGGUUCCCAUGGACGUGAACCGUAUGCAUGCUGGCGGCUGCCAAUAGACAGCUCGAGUGCCUUAAGUACGCACACGACCGGGGCUGUCCAUGGGACGAGUCGGUAUGUGAGUACGCCACGGCCAACAGCAACCUGGAGUGCCUUAGGUACGCCCGAGAAAAGGGUUGUCCAUGGGACUUGUACGCGUGUGAAAAAACGGCCAGAAGUAGGCAACUUGUGUGCCUGGCGUACCUUAAAGAGAACGGCUGCCUUUUUGACAUGUCCACGUGUGACGAGGCAGCGUCAAACGGGCACGGCCAAUGUCUGGAAAACGGUUGCGAGUAGGACGGACGCAUUCCAUGGUAAUAUUAUCUCAAUGUAUUAUCAUGAUAACCAAAAAUUCAUUGUCUAUCCUGGUUGA